GAACUGUGGAUAAACGAGGAAGAAAUCGGAGGAGGAAGGCCUCUGGAGCAAGGAACAUGGAGUGACCAGCAUCAGAAAAGUGGACAAAGUGACAGGCGAUAGCCACAAAACAACACAGCCGAAAGAGGAAAGCAGGGCCAGUUGACAGGAGCUCAGCCAAUAAAAGCCAACCAAACUCAGUCUGGGCCAAAUUCGGACACACUGAUGCAAAAAGGCGGCGGAGAAAGCCACCAGCAACAGCAACCGCAGCAAAACAAAACUGAAAACGGAAAAGUUGCUCUGAAACAGACUGCAGGAGGAGUGGAAGGAGGGGAAUGAGGGGAGCAGCCAGCGGAAGCCGAGGCUGAAAAGUUCCCAAAUUUGGCAGACAGACCCCUUUCUGGCCAUCUCGUUCCCACUUUCAGCCGGAACAGUUAGCAGCAGCUGGAAUUUGAUUUUAACGCUUAUUCGAGAGCUUGGGAUCUGUUCUGGUUCUGAGUCUCUGUUUGUGGCACCAGCCACUGACAACCAUCACGAAGGCAGGAGCAACUGGCAGGCGAAUUAAACUCGGCACCAGGAAACUUCACCCCGGAAAGCCCGCACCAACUCCCCCUGAAAGCUACGCAUCAAUGGCAACACAUUGAGAUUGGCUGUCAAAGGGGAGCAUCCGGACGACGUGGAGCUGUGGAAAUGUUCGCCACUUGCGGCGAUACAUGCUCUGACAAUUUAUUGACUCCUCGCGGCACCCACUAAACAAACAAAUCCCGCUCCAUCAUGGAACUCCUUCCUCUGAAGUCGCCCCUCCCGAUCCUGCUCCUAUGCCUAACCAUUUCCACUUCGGUCAGCGGCUAUCUGAACAUUUUCAUCAGCCACCACGAGGUGAUGAAACUGAUGGUUUCCCGAGCACUGGCCAAAACCCCCUUCUGCCGCCUGGCCAAAAACUUUGCGCCAUGAAAAGUCAUUUGCCAGCCAUUGGCGAGACGUGCGACUCUCGUGGCUGCCAAAUUCUUGGGGACUUCCGCCAGGGAGAAGCACCAGGAGGAGCAGCAAGAGGAUCCCUGGCGGGGGAAUGUGUCGCGGUUUGUCAGCUUGGCGCGUCGCCCCAAUGAUGGAGUGCGGCAUUGUUGCAUUUUAAUUGAAAUUUCUUUGUGGACUUGGCGCGACAAAGCAGCAACAACAACAACCGCUAACGAGUGCACAGAAUGAUGGCAAAUAAAAGCAAACAAGCGAACAACAAACAACCAGAAACAUGGCGAAACACUGUGCCAAUGCCAAAGUGGCAAUACAUAAUAAUGAAUGAAUAAAGCGGGCAAAGCAAUAACAUCAGCGGGAAUUUCUGUGACAUAUACCCUGAGAAUCCUGUGGGUGACUAAUAUCAAGACUGAUUGUCGUUGGCGGUUCUUAUCACUGGCUAAUUCGCAUAUAAAGGGGUUCCUCGUUCGCUGACAAACCCUCAAUAACACUUUAACCAGCAUGACGAACCAAGUGAUAGUAUUUCUACUGUGCGGUUUUGUGAUCAUCAGUGCCGGGAAUCCAAAUAGUGACGAUGUGUUACCGCAGUUUCGGAAUGUCAGGCAACUUAGGUCCUUGGGCAUCGAAUUUACCGAAUACUUUCGAAAUAUUUCCACGCAAGAUUUAGGCGGCUUGGAGUCCCAGUUUUCGAGUGAAGAUGAUCUGCUGUGCCUCAACGAUAUGAAGGCGCUGAUGACAGGACUUGGAAGUGCUGAGUACUGGGCGUUGAAAAUGAUCGAUGCCUGGGGGUCCAUUCCAUCGGGACUACUCGCCGGUAAUUCGUAUGACCUGGGCAACUUUGACGAGUGUCUGAACAUCAGAAAGGAGAUCGGCCAGGAGAGAACUAUUCAAGGAAAGUACUGCUUCCUCUCGGUAUCCCCUGCCAAAAUCCUGGGGAUCGAAACAAGCAUAGGUAGCUUCAGAACUGCCACUUGCUUUCCUGCAUCCUGCUCGGCGAUCAACAUGAAUGCGUUUGUGGAUCAAUUGAUGAUGAAGUUACUCAAUGUCAGUGUUCCAAGUUCAGCCAUGAGAAUCAGUGAAGGCAGCUGUCAGACCAGUGAUAGUGAGCCCUGGGAUGCCCUCACCAUUUUUAUGAUAGUUAUUUUAUCCUUAAUGAGUUUCAUAGUGGCAUUAUCUACUCUGUGGGACUACUUUCUAGUCAAAGAUCAGGAUCAGCUUCCGGCCAUUGUGAAGAUCUGUUCAGCCCGGUCCAAUUCUCGAGCCCUAUUUCGCGUUGUAGAAAGCCAUUCGAAUCCGAAUGUAAUCGACUGCCUUCAUGGAAUUCGCUGCAUGUCCCUGAUUUGGGUGAUUACAUGCCAUCAGUACUCAGUCACUCUUAUUUCGCCACACAUCAAUUUGUUCCGUGCCGCAACGUGGGUGGAAAAACCAUUUGCCAGUUUUAUUCUGCAUGGCUUCAUAUCCGUGGACUCGUUUCUAGUGAUUGGCGGCUUGUUAGUGGCACUGAUUCCAUUGCGAUUAAUGGAUAAGACCAAAGGCAAACUUAAUGUGCCAAUGAUGUAUUUACAUCGCUUAAUACGCAUCGCUCCACUUCUGGCAAUGGCCAUAGUGGUCCACAUGAAGCUGAUGCCCUUGAUAUCAAGUGGGCCACUCUUUGUAGGUGGUUAUAUAGGUAAUUCGGCUUGCAAGGCUGGUUGGUAUUGGACUUUGCUCUUCGUGAAUAACUACACAGAUGCCAAGUGCCUAGCUCAAUCCUGGUAUCUGUCGCUGGACAUGCAGCUGUACAUCAUCUCGCCGAUCCUGUUGAUCUCCCUCUACAAAUGGGGCAAGAAAGCAGCUGCUGGUAUCUUCAUUCUCAUAAUUUUACUUUCCGCCUGUCUAUUUGCCACCAUGAUGGUGAACGGAUAUUCAAUGAUGAUCACGGCUGCCUCUCCAGAAGCCAUGCGAGAUGGGUACUAUGCAACCCAUACACAUGCUACACCCUGGCUUAUAGGAUUCCUCUUCGGAUACUUCCUGCAUCUGAACAGAGGGAAGAAGUUCCAGCUUAGCUGGGUGUCCGUGUGGUCAGGAUGGAUCCUCUGCCUGGCCAUGAUCUUUACAUCGAUCUUUGCCCUGUAUCCGCCGUCCAAGUGGUCUGAUCCUGACGCGUCCACCUUGGCGGAGUCUUUUUACUACACUUUAACCAGAGUGGGCUGGGCUUUGGCCCUUUGCUGGGUGAUCUUUGCCUGCGUUCAGGGAUACGGAGGACUGGCCAAUAGUUUCCUCGCCUCUCCGCUAUGGCAACCACUCUCCAGGCUUUCGUAUUCUGUUUUUAUAUGGCACAUGUUCUUCAUGGAGAUGAACGCACGGAGUACCAGGACUAGCACAUACUUCUCGGAUUACGGAAUGAUGCUUAACUUCUGGUCGACCCUAGGGUUCACCUUGCUGUUUUCCUAUGCAAUGCAUCUGCUCAUUGAGGCACCAAUUGGCGGACUUGACAUUUUCCUAAGGCCAAAGGGAAAGAUCUCUCCUACCGAAAAACAGACAUCUCAUAUUGAUGAUAAGGAGCCUAGGGACCCAGAAAAUCUGCUGGAACCUACAACUUCAACUGUAGAUUAGUUCAAUAAUAACUAAGGUAGUUCAUGUAAAAAAAUGUAUUAUUAAAGAAAAUAUUUUUAAUCGU